AUGCCACAAAGUCGAAAUGUAGUUGAAGGAUCCGACAUAACCGUUAACUGUGAUGUAUCUGACCGGCAGCACAUACGAGUGAACCAAAGAAAAUUCCAAAUUUUAUCUCAUUUAACCCAUGAAUUUCUUUUCGUUAUCUAUCUAUCUAUCUAUCUAUCUAUCUAUCUCAGUCCGUUCAUAUCUAUCUAUCUAUCUAUCUAUCUAUCUAUCUAUCUAUCUAUCUCAGUCCGUUCAUAUCUAUCUAUCUAUCUAUCUAUCUAUCUUAACGACUUUUCUCAAACCAUUUUGAAAUAUUUAUUUUAUCAUAAAGUUAUCAAAAGAUUAUUUAAAUUUAUGUGUUUACUCAGGAUCAACGAAACAGCAGAAGUGAUAUUAAAGCGACCCCAGAAGAAUGAUAUAAAACCUGGAUCAGACGUUAUACUUCGAUGUCAGAUAACAGGCAAUCCACCGCCUUCUAUUUUGUGGUACAGAAAUAAGUUCAGACUUUUCAACACGGAUAAAAAUGACAAAAUUAAGAUAAUGGAAGGAGAUUCCCGUUUGAAACUGUCACAUAUAACAUCAUCUGAAAAUGGAAUGUACUCGUGUCGAGCUGAGAACAUCGCCGGGGCACGUGAUAGUAUGGAGAAUUUCCUAUUAAACAUUAAAGAACCCGGUGCUCCUUAUCUGAUUGAGGAGAAAUUUACCCCUUAUCUGCUGAUCAAAAAAGGGCAUCCAGCUCGUCUGGAUUGUUUCAUGGUAAAUGCAACCCGUAUUGAGUGGUUUUCAAACUACGAAAAAAUAUCAAACAGCUCUCGGUGA